AUGACAACUAUGCUUCGCACCAGUCCAGUGGGAGAUCUUAUUGUUGCUGCGGCUAAACUGUGGGUAAUCUGGAAUGCCCGUAAUGAGUUGGUAUGGAAGAAUGAAACGCCAGUCCUGGAGUCGAUGCGUAUGCAUGUUCAGACGCUGGUUUCAUCAUGGGAGCAGCUUCGCAAUGAGGUAACUCCUGGGACUUCUGCUACUGGUAUGCGUACCUCUGCUUGGGAACCUCCCCCUAUUGGUUUUCUAAAAUGUAAUGUGGACGCAGCAACGUUUGAUAAUGGAGCGGGGUUUGGCGCUGUGGUACGAGAUUCAAAUGGUAAAUAUAUUGCAGCUUGCAGUGCACGGCUGGAAUGUGGGAAUGAUCCUCUCAUGGCGGAAUCUAUGGCGGUGAAGGAAGCUUUAACUUCGAUGAAAUCGCAUCAUUUUAAUAAUAUUAUGUUAGAAUCAGAUUGUUUAAAUUUCUGUUCCGUUUUUAAUUCUCGUACUCUGAACUCCUCUUAUGUUGGUUUGGUCAUUAAGCAAUGUUGUAAGAUUGCUACAGACAUCGGGAACGUUUCUGUUCGCCAUGUCAAUAGGUCAGCGAAUCAUGCUGCCCAUGUGUUAGCACGGGCGUCUGCUUCUUUGUCUGGCUUCGGGUCGUGGUUUGGUGUUCCACCGCCCUGUCUUUCGUUGUUGAUUGAUUAUUAA